GGCUCUUGGUUUAUAUGUAUCCAUUUUUAACGCAUGAAUGUUUAUCUAGUAAUUGCUGAAACUUUCUACAGUAUAACACCUGUUACGGCCGUCUGGGAGAGCGUCUGGGAGAUGCCGUAAGGUUUUUUGUUACGGUUAAUCAUAAUGUCCAUCAUAAUGCAUUGAAGACAGGCUUGACAUCGCUACGUUAUGGCCGAUUCACUGUUGCCAACGGGGGUAGGGGAGGUUAUGAGCGCCAGGCUGGACUGGCGCUAUACGCCGCUAAAGCUGGGAAGGGAGCUAUUGACAACAAACGGCUGCGAUCUAAAGGUUAUACUUGACCAACAAGCUAGCCAGGAGAAUGGUCAACAGAAAUCACAUGCAGGCGCCGCUUUUGAUGAUUUCCUCGUGUGCUGGCAUUCCUCUGAAGAUAAGGAACCAGUCUACGUGCACAAGUCAAGAAAUCUAUCCUUUGCGCUGGCUAGAGGCGGAUGCAGCAGCUACACAUUCCGCACUGGGGCCACGUGGCGCAACCGUAGGAGCUUAUCUUUGCUCACAGGCCCCAGGUUACAUGACAUCCAUAUUAAGUUUGAAGGGCCCCAUCUUGGGGACCUGCCAGAGGAUUUCCAUGCGCGGCUUCAAGCCUUCCUUACCGACAUCCUCCAUAUGCCAGCCCUGCACGUCGCCGUAGAGCAGGGCUGCGUCCACCUGCUAGUCACGCUACUCGAAAUCUCUCGCGGCGCAGCACUCCUGGGCACCUCCGCAACGCGCCUGCGACGCCGGUGGCUUGCGCGCCCCAGCAGCCUCGAUCCCACCCAGCUACCCAUGCGGCUGCUUACCUUCAUGCAUGGAGUGCUGCCGGAAGGGGCCGCUCCACAGCGCGUGACCGUCUGCCACAACGGUAACUCGUACGAGCUUGAUGCCAGUGCCGUACAUACGAACGAAAGCGCGAGGAGAAGGACAGAAGCGGCGCCGGCGGGGGCUGAGGCGGGGCCUGGUGUGCAUGAAGAAGCGCGACCCAAAUCGCAGCUGGCACCACCACAUGUACCUCCACAUGAUGCUUGCCGGGCAGAAGCGUGCAGCUCGGUUUCUGGUGCUCUUAGGACCCACCUGGCCGUGCCACAUGGUGUACCUGUCUCCGGGCCAGCAGGGGUAGGCGCGCACGUCGGUCGUGUGACAGCAGCCGCCAGGUCAUCCACGCUGCUAGGUUGCCACAGCCACGUGACUCACGAAUCGCUAAGCGUCACAUGGGGUUCAUCCAUCGUUAACCGGCGGCAGGUCGCCGGGAAGGCGCCGACCCAGAUGGGCUACCCAGGGGUCCUAGACAGCAAUCCCCGCGGGGUUUCCUCGGCAUCGAAUGCGGCAGCAGCAGCGGCGGCAGCUAGCUCUGCGGGUGGCUCCCUGUAUCGUCAUGCUGUUGCAGCCGCUGCUGCCGGCGGCGUUGGAAGCGGCGACAGCGGCAUCCCGCCUGCCUUCAUCGAUGUAAUAAUCAGCGGUGCGGGUGCUGAUGGCGGUAGUGGGAGCGGUAGCGGUGGUCAGUGCUCUCGGGUUCCGGUGUGCAGCAUUGAAGUGCCGUCGGCGUUAAACAUGCAGCCCGGCCUUGGCCGCCGCGCUCAUGGGAAUAGCGGCCACGGCGGUGAUCAUAACUCCAGCCAAGGUGGCAUCAACGGCGACACGUAUGGUCUCGGUGCAAUUGACCUUGGAUGGAUUGAGUGCGGCACGGCCACACGCUGUGUUGGUGGAGUGCCGUACAUGCAAACGCUUCAACCGUUGGGUCCGCCGUCGUCGUACGGGUUUCCCCAGCCCGCCCUACCUGCGCAAGGGCACGUCGGCAGUGCGGAUGCUGCGACUUCUUCUGCUACCGCUGUUGCCGGUGUUAACGUCGCUUCUCCUGCCGCAGCCACUGGCAUUAUGCCAGACGCGAAUCGCCUGCAUGGUUCGGUGCUCCAAAGACAGCAACUUGGACUGUACGGCGAACCAAGUUGCAGUCCCCAGCGACAGGAUCUUCAGCUGCGGACUAGGCCAUCUGUGUCCACUGCCGCUACGAGUAUGGGGCCGGAACCGCUGCCGUCGCUGCGACCUUCCCUCUCAAGCACGACACCGGACCCUGAUCGCUGCAGUCGCAGCGUGCAUGACGCAGGCUUGUUUCUUGGUGAGGCUAACGGGAUGGCAGUCUUUCCCGGCAACAGUGUCGCCCAUAUCCGGGCCAUCGCUGCCGUCACGCCGAUUGACCCACGUGACUUGAAUUCACGGCUGCUGGACGGGGUUGCUGCUAGCAGCACUGCCUGGGAUGAAGAUCUUGAGGUGUGUAACGCUCCCACUGGAAUGACGGAGGCGUCGCGCCUCUUGAACUCUAGCCAGCGUCAGCAUGGCAUGUUUGCGAUGGCAGCAACCUCAGCUGCUGGUAUCGCGCACCGCCGACAGCACCAGCACCAACCUUCGCGCACGGCGCUAUCCCACGCUGCUGCGCCAUCACGCCGCGAUGCAGCUACAGCACCUAUUGGCAGCAUCACCGCUGGCGUUGCCGCCCUCCCCCCGGCAGCUGGACACCUUGAAAUGCGUGGGGCAGCGUUCGGUGGUGGUGCUGCUAGUGUCGGCGGUGGCAGCGGCGGAAGCAUUGAGGUUCGCACGGCAUUGGCGGCGGCUGCAGCAGCUGAAACACGGCAGUCAACGGUCAUCGCCGCUGCCUCUACGAGCGGUUCGGUUGAGAGCCCAGGAAGGGGCUUCGCUGUACUGCCAACAUCCCCGCAGCAGGACCUAUACGGCGAUGCGGCUGACAGCGCCGCCAACUCCCCGCUGGGCGGCCGCCGGCCCCACAACGUGGUGAACGUCGUUCCUAGUGGCAGGGCUCCUGGUACGGACACGCGCGGCACCCGAACGGCUGCCAGCGGCGACGCCACCACGGCUGGCGCCGUCGCCGUUAGCUCUAGUACGGCAAGCGGCGGCGCCGCAACGGUCAGCACUGCUUCGUUCCAACAACAGUUUGUCAAUCGCUGCGCAUCUGCCGAAGCACCUCCUGCCUCCGCUGGCGGCGGCAGCAGCGGCAGAGCUUUCGCCAGGGUGACACCCCCAUUGGUCGCCGGUCAGGGCGCUAGCAACGUGGUUACACUGGGAUCGACAACCGUGCAUUCGCCUUCCCAGCAGGCGGCGUCAGGCACUGCGGCGGGGCCCACCGACCAUCACACCCAGCAUUCGGCCCAUAACAAAGCCCUUCCGCAGCCGCAGCUGUACCCGAGCAACCCAUUGCGCCCCGCAAACGUCAGGACAGGGAACCGGCAGGGGCACCAGCGCGCGACCAGCGGCAGCAACCUCAGCAACCGAAGCGGAAACCAGAGCAGCAUCCUGUCGUGGGGAGUGGAUGCGUUAGAGGCGUUGAUGCGGCCGCCCAUGCCGCCUGCGCAGUUCACCUCAGCAGGGUCGGCAGCGACGGCGGGCCAUGCGCGGCCACCUGCCGUGCAGCUUUUGGGUCCAGCUGUAGUGAUAUGGCCGUCAACAAUGAGCAUGGCUGCCGCUGCAGCACGCAUGCUGCCGGCAGCGGCGGCGGCAGCAGCUGCUGCUGCGGAGGCAGCCGGCAACGGCGUCUCGCUUAACAUGCACUGUCCGGACGUCAUAGCUUGGUCAGGGGUGCCGAGGGGACGCAGCCGGGGAGCGAUCCGUGAUAUGGUGACAGGCGACGAGUGCGGCGGCAGACGCGGCAGCAACAGCGACAGCUGCACCAACAGCGUCCUGGAGGGUGCUGGAGACGGUGCAGGCGCACAGCAAGCGCUAGGCGCCGUCCAUGUUUCUCAACUGGUUGCAUGGAGCCGGGGCGGAACAAUACCCGUGGAACAAUCAGAUGACAGCUUGGAAAAGCGUACUCGAGUGACGCUAUUGUUGCCGCAGCAGCCGUUGCACCCAGCUCCUUCAAACACCACGGGCGGGGGUCCCGAACCUGACGGCGAUGCAGGAGCCACCGCCGCUGCCGUUCCCGCUGCCACAGCUGCUGCCUUGACUUCAGCACCGGGCUCUUUCCACAGCACGGUGAUUCGCCUGGUGAACGUGGCAUGGCGGCGGGGCCGGGCGCUUGGCCCCGUUUGCCCCGUGCUACUUCUGCCUCCCGGGAUGGAAGAUGUAGCGGCGGAACUGAUAGCGCUGGCGCCGCCGUCGCCACCACAGCAGCCGUCGCCGACGGCGGCAGCUCCGUCGCUUGUGGCUUCUUACCAGACAUUCCUCUCGGAUUUCGGUUUGUGGCUGGAGGCGGUGCAAAUCUUGGCAGCGGCGUCGGCAGGUCCUGCUUCGUUCCAGCGUUCCUCGUUGGCGUUGGUUUCCACGCAUUCGCAGGGUGCAUCCGUACCAGUGUCAUACAGCAGCGCGGGCGCCACACCCGCCACCAGCUAUACGACAGACGUUCCUGCCAUCGCCGCCGCCGUCAGCGCUGGUGGGUACGGCGGCGGCGGCGGCGGCAGCCCCGCCGCCGCUAUUGUCAAAACGGCAACGGAUAGUCCGACCGGCGAGAGUCAGGUGGCUGACAUGCGAAGUGCGAAGUCGUCAGCGCCGCCGCCUGCCGAAGUGGCCAGCCCUUUUUGUACGGCAGCAAUACCGGAUAUACAGCACCCGCUGCACCCUGCCGUACCUUCUGCUUCGGCAGUACCCUCUCCCUCGCAUAGCCCAACUGCAUCGUGCCCAAACGUCAUCCUAAACACUAGCGCCGGCGCCAGCAGCUGCAGUACAGACAGUUGUGAGCGGCUAGCACGCAUUGCGGAGGAAGUCCUAAACCUGGGCUGUGACUUGUUGUCCUUCACAGUCGCACGCGGCGCCGUUGCCGCGGCGCGGCUGCUGCUAAACAUGCUGGUAACCCACGGGUCAUGCAUACAGGCCUUACCCGCGCUCGCAGCUAGCAGCCCUCUCGCCUCCAUGACCGGAUCGGUGGUGUCCGCGAUCGCUGCUGUCCCUAAUAAGGGCACGAACUCGAUCGGCGCUGCCGUCACCGCCACCGCCACUGCUGCUGGUGUGUCACCGGGACGCAUGCGGCUACCUGCUAGUGACACGGACGCGGGUUUCCAGCCGCUGGCACAGCAGCAACCGCAACCGCAGCAGCGUCGGCCGGCCUUACUGUUUGCCAUUCUGGAGGCAUGCCGUACUGGCAAUAACGCAUGCCACACCCUGCUACACCUAGCAAUCUUGUCCCGCUCACUGCCCAUGCUACAGCUCGUCGCCGUGGAAUGGCCGCAGGAGCUCGGGCUGCCCCCGUCGGAGCUGAACCGGGUAGAUCGUUUCGGCCGCGCUCCCGCUGAUUACCUAACACUGGGAAUCCGAGGACGCGGCGGGCGCAGCAUAGGCGUCGCAGCAGCAGCGGCGGCGGCUGCAGAGCUUCUGCGGGGCUUGGGACCGCCAUCGGCGGCGCCGGCAGAGCCGCUGUCACCCCCGGCGGGGGACCUCUGGGGACUGCAUCAGCUCCGACGGACCGCUGGUGGAAGCGAGGAUGCGCCGUGGCGGGCUUCAGCUUCCGCAGCGGCACGGACGUCGCCGCCGCGGGCAACCCAAGGUCUUGGCGGCGGCGCUGCGCUUGUAGGCAUUGCAGAGGAGGCUUCCUCGCCCUCGCUGCGACUGCUGCGUGCGCUUUCGCAAGGGGGCGCCCGCAGCCCGUUGCGGGGCGCUCGUGGAAGCGGCGGCAGCAGCGGCUUUGAAGUGGACACAAACGCCAACUCGCCGCGGUAUGGUGGCAUGGCUGCCGUGGGUAGCGGUGACGGCGGUGCUGCUGCUGCUGCUGCCGGAGGAGGUGCCGGUUCGGCUGGUUCGGAGGAGGUACGCCACGCCGGGCUUGACAUGGAUCGGCAAGAAGAAGGGGAUGGUCUGGGAGGUGCAACGUUGUUGGCGUCAGGCGGCCAAGCAGCUGUCAUGUUGUACGGCAGUAACAACAACAACGACAGUAACGACUCAGCGGUGUCGACUCUGCAAAGCGGUCGGUUAUCUGGAAUGUUUGUGGCGGAAUCUUGGGACGGCACAGCGACGGUGACAACCACGCAAGGGUCGUUGCAGCGGCACAUGGAUGUGGAAAGGCCAUUAGCGGCGGCGGCGCCGGGGGUGAUGGUGGUGGCCGCGGGGGAUGAUUGGGAGCGUCGGCUGCAGCGGCGGCCUUUGAACGCUGCCCUGUUGCUGCUGCUGGGCUCUGUCCAGGCGCUGGUUUCCAUCGUCUCCGCGAUGCCCCAUGCACGCGCCCUCCCGCCCUCGGCGUCCCUUCUCGACCUGCCCGCCGCUCUCACCUGGCUACCCUCCCUGCCGCUCGUGUUGGCGGCCCUCGUGGCAGCAGCGGCGGAGCUGCUACUGCCGCCUCGCCUUCUUGCGGCGGCGCCCUGGCUUCCAGCCGCCGUCACUUCCGUCGGACGAGCCGUUGCCGGCGUCCUUACCAUGGCGGCGGCGGAGCACCUGCCGUACGGCCCUGUGGCUGGCGCCGCCGAUGCAGAUUUCAGGGCGGAGGCGGGGGCGGUGGGCGCUAUGGGAGGAGCCGGGAUGCCGGCCAUGAUGGCUGCUGAGGGACUUCCUGAGGAGGCGGGCGGAGGAGGAGGCUUCGCGGUUUGCGUGGGUGCAGCGGCGCGGUUUGCGCUGAUGACGCUGGCGCCGGUGGCUUUGGAGACGAUCCAACCGUCGCUUCGUAUGGUAUUGUUGGCCUCCGAGUACGGCAUGCCGGUUCUCUAUUUGUUCCUGUACGGCAAAGGUACGGCAGGCGUCAUAGCAUGGCUGCCGUGCAUGGCCGCUUGCGUCAUAAGCGGCGCUGCCUUGGCGGCGCUGCUUCCGACCUGGGCACGUUCCAGGACCUCUGGAAACAGUUAAAAUGGCCAUCAAGCUGCUGCGGCUUCUGGCGUCGCUGCUGCUGUUGAAGGGCUUUCAGAUGAGGUCGCGGCUACAGCGGCAGCCAGCAACAUGAGCAGGGGGGGCCACGUCCGGCUCGGGCUUUGCGAGCUCCCUGCGCCCCGGACAUCACCACUGUCGUACCACGGUUACUUUAGGCCAACAACCUUAGCAGGUUUGAAGCAAAAACUCGGGGCUCUUUGUGCCAAAGGAGGCGUUAGCGUUUCUACAUGCGAACACGGCACAGGGCGUUGGGAUACGCGCCCUUUUGGUUCGGUUUUACGUUCGAGAAUGCGAGAGCGCUCGGGAAUGGAGGGAGAGGCAACGUGCCGAGCACGUGCGUAUGAGCUUGCGGCUGGAAAGCGCUUGAAUUGUAUAGGAGGCAUUUGCGCUGUGAGAGCUCUCAUGGGACUGUACAUUCGUCAUCGUCGCAGUAGUGCAGGAACAAAGUGUGGCCAACUUCUUGCAAACGCUCUGCGGCAAAACAAGCAUGAGGUUGCAAGGGAGGAGACGAUGUAGGUAGGCGACCCUAACUACCGGUACGUGGUCUGGCCAUGCAGCUGUCGAAACUGUGAGGUUGUACGGAAGAUUGCGGUUGUGCGGAAUUGUGUAUCUUUGAUGAAUUACGCAUCCUCGUUGUGCGCAUUGGGUUCCCCGCAAGUGGGUGAAAUCCCGGCUUCAUUACAGAUAGUGCUGCGAUGUUGUUCCGUAGGAGAGAGUUGCUGCCAUUCUCACAUCCGUGAUUCACAUCCGUGAUUUCCUAUUGUUCCGCCGCCCAGCUGGGAGGCUUGCGUCCAACUGCAGACUGUUGUCUCUGUGCUUGCUGCAUUGACACGCUACAGGCCCGCGUGCCUUGGCCAGUUUCCUAACGUACUUGGUUCUGCUCUGAAUUCGGAUGGGCUUUGUGUUGUUACCGGUGUCUUAUCCUAUUAUUGCUGGGAUGCUGCUUCGGUGCUUUCGUUGCCCGCAUGAAAGAAGGGAACGCCCUGCAUUGUGUGGUAGAUCUGGUUACAGCAGUCUUGGGGAUUCGUACAUGGCCUGAGGUCCGGAGCGUCGCGAGAAUACGUUUAUUAGGCACCGGUAUGCGUGUUAGCAAACUGGCCGAGAGUGUAAGGGACAUGUGGGCACACGUGCGUGUUUCAAAAACUGGCCGCGAAGAAGAACAUAUCGUUGUGAGGGGUGGCUGUGUGCUGGUAUGCUUUGAGAGGGCACAGGAAGUGUUGACAGGCCACGUGGGGGUGGAGUAUUAUGUCGCCAGACGUGGUAUGGCUGUGUUGCAUGGAUUGCUUUGCGUCUGCAGGGCGCAGGCAUGCUUGUUGGGUGGGGGCAUGAUUGAUUGGGCAUUGCCGGUGAGGCCUUGAGCACCAGGGUUGUGGUGACUAGAUAGCAUGGGUCUGGAUGGUGGGGGCGAGCUCGACACUAAUUACGAUUGGUAGGAAAGGGAGUUGAAUUUGAGAGGAAAAGGACAUGGGAUAUGUUUGCUUAGUUGUUGUGCUUUGGGAGAGAUUGCCAGUUGGAUGUGUGAUGCAGUUCAACCUGUUACCUCGUUUACGGUAUGGGCUGUUCGUUUGUUGGUCUGCUCGGUGUAAGGGCACCGGUAGCUGGUGGCAUGUCCGGGUGUCCUGACCGGCAGUGCGACAUACGACUGGUUGGUGUUGAAGUUAAGCGGGUUGGCUGUUGGGUUGUUGUUGACUGGCUGCUUGCGAUGCGGUGGCCGCGCAGGACUCCGUACAGCGGCAUCCUGCGUCCUUGCUGCUGAUUAGGAUUUAUGAGGGUCUGUUUCAGAGAGGUUGCGACGGCCUUACGGCUUAGCCCUUACGGUACGGCCUUAUGGCUUGUUAGCCCUUCCAUGCGUGAAGGAUAGUCGAGGCUUUGCUCGUGAGAAGGAAUACAGCCCAGAAGGGGGGCAACUGCCGUGUUACCGGUAUCUCCACUGCAAACGGUAUGGGUUGGCCAUGGCAAUAAGGCCACCUGGCACAAAAGACAACGGGUUGGCUUGCCAUGGGCCCGCGCAAUCUAGCUUUUACAGAGCCAGGAUCAUAGUUGAGCGUAGCCACAUGGACAUGUGGCUAUCUGGUUGGACGCUUACGAGCGUAUGCCCUACAUUGAUUCUUCCGUUGCAUACUCGCCCGAUGACCAUUAAGAAUUCAC